AUGAAAACAAGCGGCGGAGUGCCGACGACCAGUUGGCGGUUGCGAGAAAAGGCGCGUAACAAAAACAAAGAGUCGAAGAAUGCAAUAACGACGGAGCGAUCAUUACUAAUGUCCGAAUAUUUAAACGGCACCGUCUGUGGCGUCCUUCGGGACGUCGGAGGGGGAUCAGACCGGUCUCGGUUUUAUCGAUGGCGAGGCGCGAUAGGGUGCGGCGCCCGCGAGGCGACCACCGCCGCCGGAAUAAUUGGACGCAACAGGACUUCACACCAGAAACGGGCCGACCGCGGUGACCAGGCGUUCGCCGGUAUGCGGACGAUCCCGACU